CAGCUACAUCGCAUCGACGUCAAACUCAUUGGCGAUAUGCAAGCUGUUCACGCCAAGCUCAAAGACAGUGAGGUUGCAUAUGAACGCUUCAGCAUUGAGAGACUAGACAACCACGUCGUUCUGCGCUUCCCGGGUACUGAUAAAGAGUUUGGAUAUCUGCGAUCCGCGGAAGCAAAGGUGCUUUCUUUGUUGUUGGACAAGCCAUAUCUCGAAUUUGAGCCUAGGGCAACUACUUCCGAGCUUUUAGACAUCGUUGCCCGCGCCAGCAAGGCCGCAGACGCCAUAAUCCAGGUUGAGAUAUAUGUCUACGGUCCACAGCGGGCUGCAACCGAAGUUGGCGACACUUUGUCCGACGGCAAGCUGUGGUUGCAGAAGCCAAACUAUGUGAGAAACGGCACUGUAUACGACAAUCCGCAUUUCCUUCAGCUCAGGAUAGGUGGUGUUGAGCCUCAGCUUAUACAACCAUUGAACCACUCGGCUGGCGACGGGUUAAUCAGUAGAAGGAACCGGGAGGAACGGCUGCGAAAGAUGGUCGAAGAGGUAUACAGGUCGCUUGACCGUUCACGACACCUCGAGGCAGUGGCCGGAGGAGAUGGGGUUACUCAAAAGCUUUUGAAGCAUCAAGAAGAAGCGCUAGGCUUCAUGAUGGAGAGAGAGACCGGCCACAUCAAUGACAAAUUUCGGCUGUGGGAGGCGAUCGAGCCGGAAGACGGUGGCAAAGUAUAUCGUCAUCGAAUCACCAGGGAAGAGGUCACGAACAAUAUCCAGCCAGACGAAAGCGGUGGUGGGAUUCUGGCCGAUGAAAUGGGCAUGGGCAAGUCCCUAUCGAUACUUGCACUCAUCAUGAAGAUGCUCGAAGAUGGAAGCACAUGGGCUCUACAGGAAAUCAGCCCAAAGUCUGAGGGACCAGUCAAGCGGUCGCGAGCUACCCUUAUUAUCGUUCCAUCUGCGCUCCUCGUACUCAACUGGAUCAAAGAGAUACAAAACUACUUGAGAGAGGGGCUGGACGUCAUCAAAUAUCACGGUUCCGACCGGCCAAGAAGUCUUGAGAGAGUCGCAAACGCCGAUAUUGUCGUAACCACCUACGACACCCUCACUGUCGAGUUUUUGAACAAGUCAAGGCCAUCUCUCCUUCACUCUAUAGACUGGUACAGAGUUGUGCUCGACGAAGCACACAUAAUUCGCCGUCGAGGUACAUCAAACUAUCGCGCCUGUGACAAACUUGCUGCCAAUUCGCGAUGGUGUCUGACGGGGACACCUAUCCAAAACAAGCUCGCCGACAUUGGCACACUCUUCACAUUCAUCCGUGUCCAUCCUUUUUCUGACCCAGCCACCUUUCGGAGAUGGAUCGAGUUGCCUUUCGAGCAGAACAUGGAAGAUUCGACUGUGGUCAAGAACCGACUCAUCAUGCUCAUUGAAGCGCUCUGCCUGCGCCGAACAAAAGACAUCGUUCAUCUGCCGCAGCUACAAGAGCGGCUACGUAAGCUGGAGUUUUCACCAGAAGAACGUGAGCAGUACGAGAAUACGAAGAACAUCUUGUACCGAAUGAUACGCUAUCAAGUUGGCGAGGUCGAAAAGAGCUCCAAGUUCGGCCUCUUCCAGGCCCAUCUACAAAUGCGUCUCCUGUGCAACCACGGAACGUUUCAGCAGCCUUUCUCCUGGCAUCGUCGCAAUUACCGGGCGCAAUGCAAAGCCGUCGUCUCCGAAUUGGGCCAAAGUAGCGAGAUCUCCUGCGAUGGAUGCAAGCAACGAAUGCCCGUCCUUGGCUCUAGUCAAUUAAGUGAUGGAUUUCACGAGCAGUGUUCUCAUAUUCUAUGUUUCGAAUGCAUGGAGCAGUCGAAUAGUAGGGGUGAAAGAGGUGAGGCACGGCAUUGUCCCCUAUGUACCAGAGUGAGGCAGGCAACGACCGAGGAUGGCUGGACGACGUACAGUGGCGAUGAAGCUACGUACUUCAGCAACAAUGGCCAUGCGACAAAGAUGAAGGCGUUGAUUGAGGACGUCAAAGUUGAUUUGCGGAAGACUAAGAGUAUCAUAUUUUCGAGCUGGACUCGAACGCUACAGCUGUUAUCAAGGUAUCUGACUGAAGCUCAAGUCCCGUAUGUUGGGAUUGAUGGCAACUGCUCUCUUAAAGAGCGGCAGAAAAAGCUCGUGGAGUUCGAGUCAGAAGAUACACCGGUACUUAUCAUGACGACGGGCACUGGUGGCGUUGGCCUGAAUCUAACCUGCGCGAAUCGCAUUUUCAUUGUCGAGCCACAGUGGAACCCAGGGGUUGAGAGUCAAGCGAUCGCACGUGCAAUCCGACUCGGGCAGAAGAACAAUGUAGAAGUAACGCGCUACAUGAUUCAAGAUACAAUUGAAGAGGAUAUGAGGUCUCAGCAGCGGUGGAAGAAGCAGCUCGCCGCUCUAGGGUUCAAGGAGGUCGCAGACACGGGUGAUGAAGACAUGUUUAUUGGCUAA